AUGGCAACUAGCCCGCAAGCAUUCUACUGCCUGUGGCAAAAUGAGGCUGUCCGCGAGAGACUCUUCGAGCUGCUGCCCAAGCAGGACAUCUGCUCGGUUCGGCUGGCCAACUCCGCCUGCUGCAACCUGGUCACCAAGCGCCUCUUUCUACGAACCCACCUGACCUUCACGGCAAAUAGCCUCACCAAGGCCACCAGGAUCGAGGCCUUGUCGAGAAUCGGCCACCACAUCGAGCACCUCACCUUCUACUUCCCCCAUUCUCACGCCACCUUCCUGCCUCCCCUGAUCCAUCCCCAAUCCGGCGAGGAGAUAUGCUUCCUUUACAAUCCCCAUACAUCAACCGAGUCCACGAGGCCCAAGUACGGCAACUCGGAGCUGGGCGAGAUCCUAACACAACAGUACCCGCCUCUUUUUCACUCGGCCACCAAUGUCACCUCGUUCAUCAAUGCCAUGCAACACCUGAGAAACAUGCGACACCUGACCAUCAAGACGCCCGGACAGGACCCUAGGGAGCGGUACCGCCGGGACGUUGUCGACUAUGCGCUGAUGAGCUUGCGCAUAUCCCUCGAGCGCGCCCCGCUCACCAAGCUGUCCAAACUCACGCUGUCGGGGGUCCAUCCAUCAGCCUUCACGUACCUUCGUCACGCCCCAGGCUUUGGCGCCCUGCCCUCUGCGGCCGUCCGAUGGCGCCAGAUCCGCAAGCUCUACAUCUCUGUCGAGUCCUGGGACUUCUACGGUCCGUCGCCCGGUCUGGACCAUCUCAAGAUCAUUGACGACUACAUCCGGGGCUUUGCGCCGCAGCUCGACAAGCUUUCCUUCACUUGGCUCGGGCGCCGGGGCCCUUGUCCCAUCGCCCUCUCAGGCGACCCCCUCUUUGCCCCGCCGCUCAACUCCAAGAAGCUCUUCAACGAGGUCACCAGUCCCAUGUCACCGCUGCCGCCACGACCCUUCCGGAGGCCGCUGGUCAUGCCCCGCCUGCGGUCCAUGGCGGUACGCAAUGCGACCAUGAACGUGGGCCAGCUGCGCGGUCUCGUGGCCAGCCACAAGCACACGGUGCGCGAGUUUGAUUUCGAGAACGUCGCCCUGAUACGGGGCGGCAGCUGGGACGAGGCGCUCGCCCCGCUGACUGAAGGCGAGCAAAGCGAAGCCUGGUCGCGUCGGUCUGUGGGCGCCAGCGACAGCAGGCCGAGCACUUCGAGGUCCAACUCGUUUGACUCGGCCGUGGCGAGCUCCGUGGAGGAUGAACAGCUCCCAGCCUCGUCGGCCGCGGCGGAGGCUGCGAGCAGAGAGCUGUUUGAAGUCGACUUGGAAGGCAUGGUGUUUGGAGGCCCCAACGACGUCGACACGCUGGAAGCGGGCGUCGAGGAGUGGGCUCGCGGGGUCAAGGCUGCCGCGCAGGAAGCAUCGCGACCCUAUUCAGCAGGAGGGCGACAUCAAGGCUCACGGCCUAACUCAGCUGGAGGUCGGACGGAUGACGGCGGUUUGGCCUCCGAUAUCGAGGCAGCGAGACAGGCUAGCCAGGGGUUUACGACAAAGCUCAAAAAACGCCGCAUCCGCAGGAGAUCGUCCAGAAAACAUGAUGAUGUUGACGAAGCUCAUGAAGACGAAUGCAAACCAAAGUAUGAGGAGCGGCGCAGCGAGCGCCACAGCGAUAACCACCGCCACCACAGCAGCCGGAGCCACCACAAGCACUCUCGCAGUGACGACACAAGCGACCGGCAUUCUUCCAGCCGGGAUUCCCCACGGCGCCACCGACACCACCACCGACACCACUCGGAAGAGGUACCCGAGCUCACAUUCAUGCCCGAGGUCGUUGGCACGGAUGACGAGGCAUAUCAGCCCGAGACGCCGCGGCCCAAGCUGGACAUCAGCGUGCCCAUCCUGAACCCCGACCCGCUACCCGUGAUGCUGCUGCCAACCGUUUACGAUCCAUCCGCAGCACUGGGGCCCCUGAUGAAGAGUCCCGACUCGUACUGCUCCUCUGCCAACAAGUCAGCCGACGACGACGACGGCCUUUCGCCAACCCAGCGCUCCAUCGAGGCCGACCUCCUCGCCGAGGCCGAGGAGGCAGCAGCCCGGUCCUCGGCCCUCAAGCGCGCCAAGCAGGCCGUCAUGACCAAGCUCUCUAGAGAGUUCUCCAAGCGCAGCAAGGACGGGAGCGUGGCGGAGCGCAACAACAAGGGCGAGUCGGCGGCUGUUGUCGCGGCGGCCGCUUGGUCGUCGGCGCUUAAUCUCAGUAUGAAUUUACAAGCUGCUCAGCAGCAACAGCAUUACGGUGGUGGUGGUGGACUGAGCUGCGCCUCGUCGUCGAGCGUGGGCCACCGGCUUCGCGAGGGCCUCUUUGGCAAGAGCAUGGCGCAGUUGGCUAUGCCUGUUGCGCCGGACCAUCGCAGUCUGGAGAGCCAGACGGCUUUGGUGCCGCUUAUCUUCAGUCGGUCUUAG